AUUUAUUAGAUUAGAACAUGAUGAAUUGAACAGAUUUUAAUGAGAUGUCAAACAACAGAACAUACGUUGAUCUAUUUAACUUCAGAGAAUCCGGUUCUGGAGCCAAUGUUGACAUCAUCACAAUAGAAGAGGGCGAGGGAGAAAACAACGAUUAUAACAAUUCUCGAAACAGAUCUGGGAAUAAUGAGUAUAGUAAUUCCCGGAACAGGUCCCAUGGAAACCGGGCUUCUUCUCCCUUCAGGGACAGAGUACAAGAAAGGUAUAAUCGCUCGCUAUCUCCCACUGGAUCACCACGCCUAAAGCGCAAGGUUACACCCCGCUCUGUCAGCCCUUUCACACGCACCCUAUCACCUGUUAACUCAUAUGGGAGAACUAAUACAGUCAAACCUAUUGUAUCUUCUCCUUACAAGUCACCUAUUAAGAGUGCUUCUCCCGUCAAGUCUUAUAGUAAUAGAGCGCUGAACACGAGUAUACCCAACAACCCCAGUACACUAAACACCACACCACCCAACAACGAGUCAGCCAACACGGAGGAGACAAGGAGACUGAGAUUUGAGAACUUGAUACUCCAAAGCAAGGUGGAAACUCUUGAGGCGGAGAACAAGUCGCUUAAAGAGCUGAACGCGAUGAAGCACACGACCCCAGAUAACAGGGCCAUGACACGUGAUCUCUCCCAGCUAACUCUGGACCUUGCAGCAGCAACACGUCAGAUAGAUAAACUGAAGAAAGAUAACGACGAUCUUACCUCUCAGUUGUACUCAUUGAAAGUGGACAGACUAGAAAACCCUAAGAAUGUAGAGUCUCUCUCAAAGGAUGUUAAAGAGGAUUGGACCGGUUGUCAGGCUGAUGCUAUAGAACAUUUGUGCACAGAGAACCAACGGCUAAGAGAAACAAUAUUCGACAUGAACGAACAGAAAUUACACGUUCACAGACUUAUGGAACAACAGGGCGCUCCGUUGAACCUACCUCGUAAAAGACUCGACAGUUGUCAGCUAGAAAACGAGCAGCUAGCCGAGAGAAGAAGCGUCUACUUGCAAGAAUGGAGACAGAGAACCAGGAAGCUAAGAGAAUAGUUGAGAAGUACAGUAAACUGAAGGAUGAUUACAAUGCCGCUCUUUCUCAAAUAUCGAGUCUACAAGACCAGCUGUUAAAGUAUGAGCAGAACGGGAGCAACAAGAUAGAACUGGAAAACAACACUGUCAAGAAUCUGACAUCACGAGUGAAGGAGUUGCAGGAGAAACAGGAGGAGAGGGAGAGGGACUAUGCUAGGAGGGAGGAGGAGUUUGAGAGACAGCUGAAGCAGAAGGAGAGGGAGCUACAGGAUAGGAUUGACUUACAUGUUAAGAAGUUACGCGACAUAGAGGAGGAGAUAAGGCGAGUUAGUCACGUGUGUGAUAUGAUGUGUCAGGAGAAGGAUAACGCGAUACAGACCCUGCAGAAGCAGAUAAACACCAACGCUAUCCUCUCUAGAUCGAACGAACAAUUACAAAACACAGUUAACGAGCAGUCCGACCGCAUCAGAGACUUUGUGUACAGACAGAUGAGGGACACUGAGCUCAUCAAUGAGCUUAAGAAUGACUUUGAAGCAGUACUGAAAGAGAGGAAUGAUCUAGAAGGAAGAUUACAACAAGAGAAACAAGUUCACUUGAGAAGACUAGCAGCUCUUAAAGAACAGAUCAACAUUGCUAGACUCUCCUUUGGUUCUAUUAUCAAUAUGCUUCAGAGCGAACCUAAUAUCGAUAAUGAGAAAAGAGAAGCACUGCUGAGUCAGCUAGCUGAGAUAGACGCACAACUGGGUACCCUACAGAGGGAGAUACUGGAUAUCGAGAGGAUGGAGGCGGAGAAUACCAGGAUAGAUCUAGACGAUCUCACCAUUCAGUUCCUGAAGAAAUCAGAGCAAUGCGAGGCGCUGCAAACUCAACUAAGUGGCGUGGAAUUGGACAAGUCCCGUUUAAACAAGCGACAAAGUGAGCUGGAAUCCACACUAAAUGAUUCAAGAUCAGCCAGGGAGGACUUUGAGGAGAAGUACGAGGAUUUGAGACAUGUUCUACACAAAAAACAGAUCGAAAUAGACACACUGAGAGCCCAGCUAAACAAAGUUAAAGUGAAACUGGGAAUCAUCGAAGAGGACAAGGAUACUGUGGAGGCUAAGUCACGUGGGCUCAAGGAGCAGAAUGACCAGCUGAAUGACGAUGCCCAGGAGUUGGACCAGGGUCUCCGGGAAACCAAGAAGAAGUUACACCAGAAAGAGAGCCUCAGUACGAUGCUGCAGAAACAGUUGGAGGACUGGGAGAACAAGUGCAAUCAGUUGUCUCAGCAGAUAUCUCAGCUUCAGAAGGGGUUAUCCAGGAGUACAAUCCAGAUAGGAAUACUAAACGAGGAGAUGAGGGUUGCUAUAAGGGCUCUCCUCGACAUCAACAGAAACAUUGACUCUGAGAGCUUGGAGGAACAUUUGGAAGCACUACAAGACAUCUCCAACGAGUUGGAGAGUCUAGAGCUAGCUUUGGAGAAGACUAUGGGAAGUCAGUACGACCUCGGUGAUAUGCCUCUUCGUGGAACAAGUGGAGAGAAGAUCUCACAAUUGCUACAAGAACUAGAUUUCUGUAGAGAAAACAUGGGACCCAAGAAAAGUGGGAAGGCUCAUGGUGGAAUGAAAGGAGCCCCAGAACAACACAGCGCUUACAAACGUCUUCAGCACCAACUAGAAUGUGGCCACCAGGAACGUCUCCACCUCAACUCUCAGCUCAGCCUCAUCACAGAACAGUGCAGGAUGUAUAAAGAUGCUCUGUUCGAGAAGGAGCGGCAGCUGGGAGAUGCUGAGUCUAUAUUAGCUAAUGUACAAGAACAGUUUGAACCAGUUACUGGACCUAGCAAGACUCGACACAAGCCCAUAUACCCGCUCACUAUGUCACUUGAGAACAUGAGGUCUAUUAUAGCGGAGAGAGAUGAUCUGAUAAGAACUCUGAAGUCAGAGCUGAAGAGAACAUCUGCACAGACAAAAGCUGUUAUCUCACAAAACGUGCACUGUAACGAGGUUAUGAGCACUGAUCGGGAGACUAUUGAUAGUUUACAGAAGCUGUUGGAUGGGAGUGAGACUCAGAGAGCAUUACUGCUUGCUUCUUAUAAAUCCAUGGCUGGGGAGCGGAUCAGACAGCUGUUCGAGGAUAAGUGUGAGCAGACUGAGACUGAUUAUCUGUUUGAGGCUUUGUGUGCGACUAAAACUGAUGGCUCUGAUUCCACCGAUUCUAUGACAAGACAUAAAAAUGACGCAGACCGGCUCAAGAAAGUGGUGAAGGCACUGAAGAAGGCAUUAGAUGGAGAAGUUGAAAAGAGAAAGAAUGCAUCCGUUGAAUUCGAUAAUUUGAAGUCAGACAUUCGAAAACUUGCAAUUAAGUUACAAAACGAUGGCCAACUUCAUAUCCCGACUGCUGACGCUGACAUACAAGCAGAUGUCUCAAAGAGAGAUGGCAUGUGCCAAACGUAUCUCCCAGGCCAAACCCCAAGAGACUCCAAAAAGUCUAAAACCAAAGCAUCUUCCACGGAAAUGAACGUGCAAACAGAUGAACAAAUAGAAUCUGAACAGUCCCCUGAAAAGACUCCAUCUGAAGAAGAACCUGAAUCUGAGACUGAAGCCACACCUGCUGACCUAGGUGAUCCAGUAGAACUGUACCGGGCUAAACGGGCAGCUCAGAAAAGCAUGAAGAAGCUGAUGAAAGAGAACCUGAAACUAAAAGAUGCUCUCCAGGCGUCUGUACAUGAGAAUCAGGAAAUGAGGGAGAAAGUUAAGAUGUUGCUGCAGGGUGAUGCUUCUGCUAUAGCUACAGAGCUUGAAAAGACGCUCGAUUCAAACGCAGAGAGUCGCAAGGUUAUCAGUGAUCUUCUCAAUGAAAAAGAUAAUUUAUCACAGAAAGUGGAUGGUGAGUUGGAGCCUAAGGUAUCCGCUCUGACAGAAGAAAUAGAGAGAUACAAGAUGGAAAUAGCACUUCUUAACCAGAAAUACGCCACAUGCGAGUAUCAAAGAAAAGUUUUACAAGACGAAAAGGAAUCCUUUAAACCCGAACCGCCUGGUUCCACCACUGACGGAGACGUUCUCAAAGAAAACAUACGACUCCAAACUAAAGUACACAAUAUAUACCAAGAGAACUUGAAACUAAAGUCCAAAAACAGAGGUCUUAAAGACGAUCAAGGCUUCGGAGCCUCCACCACUGACCAAGUGACUGAUAAGGAGAGAAUUAGUACUCUGGAGGAGAUGUCAGAGAAGAUAGAAAACUCUCUAAGUGCUUCCUACAACCGUGAGGAUGUUGAUGCUCUUAAAGAACAAGUUCUUGAGCUUCAAAACGCUCUAACGGAUGCUUUGGACACUAUCAAGGAGUAUGAAGCUGGAAUGAAGGAGGUACCCGCUGCAGCUGCUGCUGUGGAACAGGCGGCACCAGAAGAGGAACCAGAAGAGGAGGAGGACGACGUAAGCCCCCAAGAUAACGAGCACGCAACUACUCAAACUGAGGUGCCAGCUGGCCCAACACGUGUACAGCUGUUGGUUAAGAUUGCUAUCAUUGGCACUAAACUUACUCAUCGUACCAAGCAGAUAGAGGCAUUAGAGGCAGCUAUAAAAGAGAAGGAGAGGGCAUUUGUUGAAAAGGACGACGUUAUCAAAGCUAAGGAUGAAGAAAUUGCUGAGAUGGAUGAGAAGGUAAAAGUAAAAGAAGCUGAAUUGGACGAAAAUAGAACAGAGAUAGCAACCUUCCAGGAAAAGAUGGAUGAGUUUGAGAAGACGCUUGCAGCUAAGCAGAAAGAGAUCGAAGAUUUGGUAUUCCAGGCUGAGGAAGAAGCCAGUAAAACUGCAUCAGCUGGAGCGAAUUUGGAAGAUUUGGCAGCUUGGAAGACCAAAUACGCGGAGGUAAAGGCACAAAAGAAGAAACUUCAGGGAGCUAUAAACUUUGCUAACAAAACAUUGGAAGAGUACAAAGUCAAUGUAGACAUGCUGACUGGAAAGGUUGUUCAAUAUGAUGAGGACUUGAACGCAUUCUUUGUUGAAAUCUCAGAUUCCUUGAAGAAUGACCCUGUUUGUUGCAACAAAAACUUUGGGUACAUCUCAGAAAAAGAUAAACUUCAGUCUGCCAAAAAUGUGAUCUUUAAGUUUAUUGAGUUCACUACUCAGUACAGCACGAAGCAGGAAGAUCUGACGAAAGAUAACAAGACAACUAAGGAUGCACUGACAGUUGCAACAGAUAAAGCGGACGAUCUGGUUAAGAAGCUCGAGAAUACCAAUGGUGAUCUUGAGAGAACAAAAAAUAUUCUUGAGACUUCACAACUUGAGCUGUCUCAAAAGAACUCUGAACUUAACAAGAUGAAAACUGAUUACGACAAAGUCGCUCUGGACUUUGAUAACCUGACCGCGGAGCAUGGUGCUUUGAAAGAUGAUAACGAGAAGAACAAAGAUACUAUUGGAAACUUGGAGGCGGAAAAUAAUGACCUGAAGAUCCAAGUCGAGAAUGCUGGUCAAGUUAUUGCAGAAAAAGACAAGACUCUAGCAGAGAAGGAACAGUCGCUUGCUGUAGUAGAAAAGGACAUAGAGACCGCAAAAUCUCAGCUGAAGAAUCUAUCAGAGGCGGCAGAGAAAGAAGAACAACAAAAAGAGGAAGAGGAGGCUGCGGCUGCGGCUGCGGCUGAGGAGGAAGAAUUACCUGAAGAUGAGGAAGAAGUUAAAGAAGGAGAAGAAGGUGAUGAUGCUAGCAAAUCGUUAAAAUCAGUGUCGAAAUCUUCCAAAAAAUCAAAGGCUGAAUCAAUCAAAGCAGCUUCUAUAAAGGAGCAGCAACUCUCCAUAAAAGAACAAAAGGGAUCCCCUCAGGGUAAAAUUAUCUUCGCCAAACUCGGAAGUAUCGAAAAAGAAGUAGCUGGGAUCAACAGAGACAUUCUCAAAACCAAAACAGCUAUCGGCGAACUUGAAAACGCCGAGGAGGAGGAUGCAGAUGACGAUGAAAAGAGAAAGGAAUGCUACGAAAGUCUGAACAAUCUCGUUGACAGACUAGCUGAAAAGAACAAGAUGUUAUCCCAGCUCUGUGCUGAAAAUGGAGUUAAGAGUAGACCAAGGAAGUCACGUGGAGGACAGACUGAGUACACGAUACCUCCAAAGGAUGAAGUUGACAUGCCAGGCCAGUUACACGAACCUUCAGAGAGACACAGCUCCACAGAUACCCUUUCUAACGUGACGGAUAUAACAGAUAAAUCGACUCCUGUUGGUAAUCUGGACUCCAGGGUUCAGGAACUUGAAGAGCUGUUGAAUAUGAAGGAUCUAGAGGUGAAAGAGCUGACCGACAGGAUUGAUUCUCUAUUGGCUGCGCCUUCUCCUGCUCCUUCUGACCAUGCUCAUGAUGAUCCUCAAUCUCAUGAUAUUGAUUAUUGGAAAGAAAGGUCCAUUAAAAAUGAGGGUUACAAAAAGCGGUGUUCAGUUCUUGAGAAGGACUUGAAAUCGUCCACGCAAGAAGUAAGCAAUCUAAGGAAGCAGCUUAUCAAGAAUAAAUCGAGAGAACAGUCGGUCCGUGAACCAUCUGUGAAGGAAAACCUGGACGAACAGUUGAAGAACCUCCAGAAACAGCUUGAGGAAGAUAGAGCCAAACAGGCGGAGAUUCAGGAGAGCAUCAAGAAUUGUCAAGACGAACAGAAAAUGGAUCAGGAGCAACUGAACACAGCCCUGCAAAGGAAGAUUGAGGAUAAGCAAAGAGCAGUUCAAGACCUUAUGGCUAAAAUGAGUCAGCAGAAAGAUAAGCUAGCUUCGGAGGGAAAGGAUCGAGUUGACAUCAAGGAUGAGAUUGAGAAGGUGCUGGGAGAAUCAGCCCAAACGUAUGUUGAUCUUCAAAAGAAAUUUCAAAGCCAGGUAUCUCAGCGGGAUGAAGAAAUCUUGAAACUGAAAAGUGAUGUCAGAGAUAGUAACAAAAUUAAAACUGAUGCACAGCGUGAAAUCGAAGAUAAAGCAAUGGCUAUGGAAAGGCUCGAUCACAAAAUCCAGCUUUUGGAGCAGGAUCUCAACGAUGAUAGUCGAACAUACAAAGCGUUCAAGCAAGAAAUCUACGAACUGAAAGACAUAGUAGAGGACAAAACCAAGAAAGCUAAAGCCUUCGAAACUGAGCUGAAUGCUUUAAGAAGUACUGUCACAAAAAGUGAGGAUAAUGUGGAUGUUGCUAUAAAGAGGAUGAGAGAAGCAGAGCUUGCUCGCCAUGAGAUCUCUGAGAAAAGUCUUGAAAACCAGAGGAAGUUGGAGGAAGAGGUCAAAUCCAAAGAGAAGUAUGUACGGGAUGCCGCUGCUAAAGUCAAGGCGAUGGAGGCUCAAGUAGAAUCAUUAAAGAAUGUGCUUGUCAAGAAACAUGACUUUGAGGCUAAUGAAAGCAAAAUGCUGGAGCUUGAUAUUGAUCCUGAGAUUGCAAAGACCAUGAACAACGAGGAUUUGUUAGAAAAGAUUAAAAAGCUAAGCGAACAGUUAAUGGAAACAGAGAAGAAACGAAUCGACCUUAAAGUUGACUUCAAGGCGACUCUCUGUGAGCUUGAAGCUCUGAAUUCCCUGCUUGAGGACAAAGAACGGGAUCGUGACCGACUUGUGAAACUAACUGCUCAGCUGAGAAAAGAAAUUGACCGUUUGAAGGCUGAGGAGAGCUCACAAUCUAUUAAAUCCGAACAAAGUCAGUACCAAUUCUACACUGAUGAAGAGUAUAAUGAUCUCCAGGACGAGCUGCAGAAGAUGGCUGAUGAGCUGAGAGUUGCUGAUGAUCAGAAGAAGGGACUUCAGAAGCAGAGGAAACAAGAAAAAGUACAAUUUGAUCGCAUAAGAGCUGAACUAGCAAGGAGGAUCGAGGAGUACGCGUGCUUACUGGCAGUUCAUAAUAAACUGGAGAAUUCCAUAGCAAAUCUUGAGGAUCAGUGCAUGCAGAAGGGGUUAGAGGUUGAAGAACAGAGGAUUGAGAUUCUGAGUCUUAAAGACAGUUUAGCACACGCUCAACAGAGCGCUGAUGAUAUAGAUGAGUUGUACAGGAAUAAAAACGCUGAAAUAGAAACCCUGAAGUCGGAAAUUUCGGAGCUAGCAAAUGAAGCCAGAACAGUGAGCAACGACAUAGAGAGACUUCAGAAGGAACAUGAAACAGAGAAAGCGAUUUGGUCAAGAUCUCUCACUGAAAUGGAAGAGGAUCGUAACAACUUAUUGAAGAAGAUCGAGUCCAUAUCAUCAACAGCAAUGGCACAAGGUAACAAGAGGAACAGCAAUGUUGACCACGCCAAACGCUUCGUCAACAUCCUCAAAGACUUGAACCAAGAUAGGAUCACCUCAGCUUCAGCAACACAACGCCUGGAAUUCACUGCUCAACAGAAUGAGAUAGUGGAUCUGAGAAGGAAACUGGAACUGACUGAUAACAAGAGAGCUCAUCUUGUUCACGAGCUGAAGAGGUGUGAAAGUGAACUUCAGGAGACCCGAGACAUGUUUGGUCUUAAAUCUGGAGAAACCAAAUCGCUUGUCAACCAGCUGACAUCUUUCAACUCCAAACUUGCUAAGUCGGAGAGGAAGCUGCAGGAUGCUGUUUCGAGUAUGAAGCAUGAGCGCCAAUGUGGGGAGUUACUGCUGGAAGAAAACCGUCAUUUGUAUGCUGAUAAGGAGAAAUAUGAGUUAAAUAUUGAGGAACUGAAAACGAACCUCAAAUACCUCUUGACAGAACUGGAUGUUUCAAAUUCCAAGGUGAACAAUUUAUCUGAUAAGCUGACUCACUGUGAUCAGCUUGUCAAGAAUCUACAAAAAGUUAACAAACUAAAAACUGGGGAUAAUUUCGAGCUUGUAGAACUCAAUGCUCAUUUGAUAGAGAAAUUGCACGUUCAUGAACCAGUGGAUAUGAUCUCUGAAGAAUUGAAUGAGCUGAGAGAGCAGAUUCAACCAGACAGAGGUCUCACGGAAAUGAUGUAUGAGAUAGAAAUCCUUCAAAACGAAAAGGAGAAGCUGGGAAAUGAACUAAAUCUGAUAAAAUGCAAGGAGUCAGAGUUGGUUAAGGCAGCAGAGUCGAGACAAGAACUGAAGGUUACUGAACUUCAGAACAAGCUAUCUAUUAUGCAAUCGAACAACGAAGGCACUAAAGAGUUCAUAGUUAAUCUGAAUUCUGAGAACAACGAGUUGAAGAAUCAGUUGUACGAUUUACAAUAUCAAGUUGAAAAGACCGAAGAAAAACUUAUCCUAAAAGAACGUGAGAUUUCUAAACUUAAGUCUCGAGUUGACCAUCACAAGUCAAUGAUGUCGAUUCCCAAGAGCCCAGAACCUGAUCAAAGAAACCUGAAGAAGAUUGAGGAUCUGAAGAACCAUCUGUCCGAAAUGCAGCAGGAGCUGAAGAAAAAGGAGAAGGAAUGUAAGGAUCUUCACAAAGAAAUGGCUCGAAAUGAGCAAGAUUAUAACUCGGCUCUCGACCAAGCCAAAUACUACGAACAGUUGAUCGGUGAACUUAAUCUUGAGAUUGGGAAACAUGAACGAGAUGCUGAAGAUAACCAGAAAGAAACCCAGAAGUGCAACAAAGACCUUCAGGACACGAAGAACCAACUCACAUCUCUCGUUGAAGAGAACUGGGAUCUAACUGACCGCCUCGCUGAAACAACCGAGUCUAACUCUAACAAAGACGUGAUUAACAGUGAGUUGAAGAAAAAGUGUGAGUCUCUGGAGAACAGACUGUCAGUAGUGACUCUGGAACACAGCGCUUUGAUGAACGAGAUGGAGGAAGUGGCAGGAGAGUUGGACAAGGUAGAGGCAGAUAGCGAGAAGAGGAAGGAACUGGAUGAAACAGUUAAGGAGGUUCUUGAUCAGAAUGAGAGAUUGGCGGAGGAGAACGCAAGGCUAGAGGCUGAGGCUAGAGGAAAAGAAGUUGCUCUUAAUAACUUAAAGAGGGCUCAGUCAAGUGAUGCGGAGAUCAAAAAACAACUCCAGUUAAUGAAAGAGGAAAACGAGACGCUACAAGGUGAGCUUAGAGAAGUACAAGGCAGCUGCAAGAAGUUAUCCCAAGAAAAUAACCGUUUAUCUGAAGCCAGCUCCGCCCUUCAAAUGAUCUCAGCUAGAGUCAAAGACCUCAAAGAUAACAACGAACAACUCAAGAAAGCACUCAAGAAGGAGCUAUCACGAGAUGAAGUGAGAUACCUUACAGCUUCCUUCAUGGACAGAAUCAUCCGAAAACUAAACGAGCACAUUCCUGACGAGAUAAACCGACUUCAAACCAUCCUUUCCAGCAAGGAACUUGACAUCCAGAGACUAGAAGUGGAAGUGAGCAGUCUACACAGUGAGCUUGUUGAAGCGGAUCGUGUUCUCAUCAGUCACAACUUGAAGAACUCUCCCCCAGCCAGGGUAGAUAACCGGGAGCUGUUCGAGGCUCAGAAGGAAGCAGCUGUAGCCAGCAGGAAGAUAAAGAUACUUGAGAACCAGUUGGAGGAUUGUAAGAUCAGUCUCCGGGAGGUGUACGAUGAGAACAAGACCUUGUCUAAUAUUCUUAAAGAAGCUGAGCAUGUCCAGGAGGAGCUAUCCCAACUUCACACCCCUCCUUCUAACAUCUCUAUCGGAUCUGUUCACUCAACCCCUGAGAAGGAAUCAGACUUAAAGGAUCAAGUUCGUGAGCUCCAGCAGCAGCUUGAGGAAACCCACGAGGAACUUGGCAGAACUAAGAACUAUCUCUCCCAAUCUCGGCAAGAUCCGGACGGAAAGUUCAUCUGUGCAAGGUGUAAGAACCUGAUCUCUUCACUAUACAAUCUGAAUGAAGGAGAGCUUCAGGAGAUGUUGGAUAAGAAAGAUAGGGAUAUUGUUGAUACAGAGCAGGAGAUUGAGGCUUGA